AUGGAAGCACAAAAUCUUCUAAAGUGGCUUGCAACUUCUCAAACGACAAAGGAUAUAAACUCUGAUGACGAACUUGCUUGUGAAACAGCCUUAAGCCCCUUGCUUCCUGCUGCAACAGUUGAUAAGAUGCUAGAGAAAGUGCAUAUAGCUUUCGAGAAUGAGUCGCAGCAGGAGUGGAAUGAUAUUCUAGAUUCAAUUGAUGAUACGCUAGAGUUAGACCAACCAAAGGAAAAGCCUUCUUGUUCCAUUGAUCACAUUUGUCCUGUUGAAACUUCAUCAAGCAUCAUGAUACUCCAAGUUGAUGGUUCUAAUGAUGAUGAGUUCCCAAGUCCACAUGCUAGUUUGGCUGGAAUCUCUAAUACAGUUGAGACAAAAGGAAUAGAAAAUGGGGACCUUUGCCUUUUUCCAUGA